UCCCUCCGUGCCUCCGACGUCGUCGUCGUCGUCGUCGUACGUUUGCGCUUGGUUCAGCUGUUGUCUCCGGUCCGCACUCGUGUAUACGCGUGCGUUCCGCAAACGCGACCUCGUCUCUGAUCCGACCGAGAGACCCCGACGAGGACCCUCGCCGACGGCGCGAUGACGGGGUUCACGGAGAACGCCCUGAUCAAACGGCUGAUGGACCUGAACCCGUCGCAGCAGAGCAUCCAGACGCUCUCGCUCUGGCUGAUACAUCACAGAAAGCACCACCCGACCAUCGUGAAGAUCUGGUUCAAGGAGAUGUGCAAAGUAAAGGACAAUCGCAAGUUGAUGUUUAUGUAUCUCGCAAACGACGUCAUCCAAAAUAGCAAGAAAAAAGGGCCAGAGUUUGGAAAGGAAUUCGAGACAGUCUUGCCAAAAGCUUUCGAGCACAUGAAGGGUUUUGACGACAAGACGAGAGACCGGUUGAACAGGUUACUACAAAUUUGGGAAGAGAGAGGGGUCUACGACAAAGCACAGAUAGCUGAAUUUAAAGCGGCUUUCGCUCCAUCUGAAAAGGACUCUGCAGCACCACCACCAAAAAAGAAGGCAAAGAUCGAAGUAGAAAAAACAAAGAAGGAAAAGAAGGAGAAAAAGAAGUCUGAGACUGAAGUGGAGGUGGACGGCACCAAAGAGCUUCACGUAACGUUGAGCCCGAGGACCCCCGGCGGCGAUCCACCGGAAACCGAGGAACUCAUCAAGGCCUUAAUGGAUCUGGAAAACACCGCGUCCUCGGACGCUGGCGUUAGGGAACGUAUCGCGUCCUUACCACCGGAGGUCUCGGAAGUUUCGCUACUCGCGAAUCUCGCUGAUCGAACGGCUGCGGAUCAGUUGAGUGCAGCGGUAAACGAAGCUGCCGCCCUUCUCGCCGACUACAACGGACGGUUGCAAGCUGAGAUGGAGGACAGGAGAAGACUGCUGACGAUGCUGCGAGAUUACACUUUGGCGCAAAGGCAGCUACUUCAACAGGCUCAAAGCACUCUAGAGGACUAUAAAGAAAAGCUUAAGAAGGUGUGUGCAGUUCGGUCGGAGGUAAAGUCUCACAUUUCGAAUCUUCCCGAUUUGACGCAAUUGCCCGACGUGACUGGCGGCCUGGCACCUCUUCCUUCCGCCGGCGAUCUGUUUUCCAUGCACUAGUGUAAGAUUGGGAACGCACUCGGGCAAGUGGCGUUUAUAUAGUUCAUUCACUUCGGUUUACGCGGAAGUAGACGGAAACGCGUCGAGAGAUCCAUAGUACAAGAGAUUUAUACGACGACAAAGUCUGAAAGAUUGUAGUCGGCGAACUUUGUACCGUGGAACAUUUGAUAAAUUCGAUAUAUAUAUAUAUGUAAUGAGAGUCCUCGAGUAUUACGUGCGUAAAGUACGAAACGGGGAAGUACCGACAGACAGGAGAAAAGUUAUUGAAGCUGUUGAUACUGAGAGUAAUGUUCGCAAUCGUUUUCUUGGGAAAUUUUUUAUUUAUACAUGUACAUAUAUAUAAAUAAGAAAUUCUUACGACUGGAUACCAUUCUUACGGCGAAUACAAAUGAAUACGAGGGCAUGAAGAAAAAUAUAUAAUUUGUACCGUAAUUCUCGGUUUUGUACUUUAAGUGACGAGUUGCCUAACUCAUUUUUGAAUCCUUUUUCGCGAAACAGCGUACAGUAUCUAAGUAGGUUAACAUAAAUUCAUUUUUAUGAAAUAAAUUGUUACAGAAGAGAGGGUAUCUUAUGUAUAUCUUAUAUAUAUGUAUAUCCUAACGGCAUGAAAGAUAACGAUGUUCCUGCAAUGCAAUGCGACGCAAAUCUGACAAAACUUGAAAUAUCCCGCAAGAUUUAUUUUGUAUCCUAUCAGCAAUCUAUCUCGGAUUGUACAAUAUAUACAUGUAAACAGCGCGCAUAAUCAAAUUUGUUGUGCGCUUGUUACGAAAAUCGUAAAAUGAUUAAGCAAGAGUGAAAUCCAUUUUAUAAACUCAGUUUGCAAUUUAUCCAAAAUUAUCACGAAAUUCAGAAUUCAUAGAAUUGACAGGGGCUAGCCGAGGCUUUCUAAGCCGAUAACGAGGUGUAGAUGCAUGUAUACACAUAUUUUUAAAAAGUGACGGUGUUUACUUUGUGCAUUGAACCUCUGUACAAUUGUUAGACAUCUUACAAGAUAUUUUUCAAAUACGCAAUCACUGUCCAUUGAUUGGUAUGUUGGAGAUAGCACUCCGAGGUUGCGUUACCAUCACUUGUAUAUAUUACAUACUGUAGUCUAGUACGAUUUCAGAACUGACAAGACACUCCUCAUGAAUAUCUGACUGUGAACGAACGAUAGAGUCCGCAUAGAUUAUAAUGUUGUACAUGUGACUAUUUUAAAAAGACAAAUUGCGUGACUGUGCAGAUUGAAAUCGGAACAGAAGAUUUGUAAUAUGCGGAAUAUUACUGCGGAAUAAAUGUUUUGAUCGUUAUAUA